AUGUCAGGGUCAAUUCCAUCAGCAGCAUAUCGUUGCUGCCACCUAGCAGCUCGAACGCAGAAGCGAAGUCUGUCCUCACAAUGCCUACGUCUUUCAUCAACAAGCUCCGCAAAUCAAUCCCGACGAAGAAACAAUCUCACGACCCCUUCGAGAAGAUGGCAAUCCACAGAUGCCUCAGCUAGUCCCACCAAUCCCAAGAUUACCGGUAUUGUCGACCAAAUAUCGCAGCUGACACUGCUGGAAACCGCCGACUUAGUAGCAAGCUUGAAGUCUCGACUGAACAUUCCCGACAUGGCAUUCGCCGCCCCAGCAGCUGCCCCCGGAGCAGCAGCUCCCGCACCAGUGGAAGAGGAAGAGGCAGCUCCAGCCCCAGCAGAGAAGACAAUGUUCAAUCUGAAACUCGAGUCAUUCGACGCGGCCGCCAAACCCAAGGUCAUUAAGGAGAUCAAGAGCAUGUUGGGUUUGAGUUUGGUGGACAGCAAGAAAUUCGUCGAGAGUGCACCCAAGUUGUUAAAGGAGAGUGUUCCCAAGGAUGAAGCUGAGAAAAUCAUUGCCACCUUGAAGGCAUUGGGCGCAGUUGUCACCAUGGACUAG